AUGGCGCCGCCGCAGCCCGCUGCGCUAUGCCUCUUCGACGUGGACGGCACCCUCACGGCCCCACGCCAGAAGAUCACGGCGGAGAUGGCAUCGUUUUUGCAGGAGCUGCGCCAGAAGGUGAAGGUCGGCGUGGUGGGCGGCUCGGAUUUUGAAAAGCUGAAGGAGCAGCUGGGCGACGAUGUGGUUGAAAAAUUUGACUACGUUUUUCCAGAAAAUGGUCUUGUAGCAUACAAAGAUGGGAAAUUCCUGAGCAAGCAGAACAUUCAGGGUUACCUGGGCGAGGACAUACUUCAAGAUCUGAUCAACUACUGCCUGAGUUAUAUUGCGAAGAUUAAACUGCCAAAGAAAAGGGGCACUUUUAUCGAGUUCCGCAACGGGAUGUUAAAUGUGUCCCCCAUUGGAAGAAGCUGCAGCCAGGAAGAACGAAUUGAGUUCUAUGAACUUGAUAAAAAAGAAGGUAUAAGAGAGAAAUUUGUAGCUGAUCUACGAAGAGAAUUUGCAGGGAAAGGCCUCACAUUUUCUAUAGGAGGCCAGAUAAGCUUCGAUGUGUUCCCGGAUGGCUGGGAUAAGAGGUACUGCUUAGGAAUCGUUGCCAAUGAUGGAUUCAAGACUAUUUAUUUCUUUGGAGAUAAGACUAUGCCAGGAGGGAAUGACUACGAAAUUUUCACAGACUCCAGAACAGAAGGCCACAGCGUCACAUCCCCCCAGGAUACAAGAAGAAUCUGUGAAGAACUAUUUUUUUAGAUAAGAGUUUUAGAAUUCACACUUGCAGAACGGUUAAGACACCUUAAUAACUCAGAACCUCUUCAUUCUGUAUUGGGUUUUGUAAUUGGCCACGAAUAGCAAGCGCUUCCAAGGUCAGUCAGUACUGAAGGGAACGUUGCUGACCAGCGCAGUACAGCAGAGCUCCUUAGCACCGUCCUUCCACUGCUGCCAUUCACACACGUACCUGGUUUUCUUUUGGGGCUGGUUGUGUGUUUUGGUGGUUGGUGGAUUUUUGGGGGGGGGGUUGUUUUUUGGGGUUUUUUAAUGAGUUUUAAGUCAUGAGUAAACUUCCUUAGCUAAUUAAUUACACUUUGGGGGCUGGGGAACGGAUAAUCUGCCUAUAAUUGAUUUAUGGACUCAAAAGUGGCCUGCAAGGCUUUAUCCCUAGUUUUUAUUUUGAAGCUGCUUUUUAAAUGAACAUUUUAGAGUUGGUUGGGUUGGGUUUUUUUACAAUACUACCUUGUGGUAUAAAGACGUGUAUUAUAUGACAGCUGAGAUCUUGUUUAAAACUGGAAGAUGAGUAAAAAAGACAGGUUUUAUUUUUUUCUGGAGGGUGGGAAGAUAAAACUGAGCCAGAAGUCCCUGACCUCACCUCUGUUCCAGUGCAGGGUCAGAAGGUCCAUCAAGUUUACCGCCACCAGGAAGGCUGGACCAACUGGUGCUAGUUACCUCCUCAGUAUGGUUGUGGUGCCAAUGCAGUACAGUCCAUGGUACCUAUGCUUCUUGCGGACUGUUUUUAAAUCUAAAACCCAAAUAAUCUACAAAAAUUAAAGACAACUUGAGCAGAGUAGCAAAAUGUAUUUCUGUCACUUAUUACAUUUCUAAUUUUCUUGGUAAGACAUUAAGGGUAGAUGAGAUUUUAGUACUAAGAAAAAUUACCUAAACUAUGUUUCUAUUAAAAUCAAGCUGAAGCAUGACAAUCAGUGUAACUGUUAUUAUAACUAUUCUCAUCUUGCCUUAGGAAAGUAAUCUUGUGUAUGAACGGUUUAAUCAGUAAAGGAGAACAAAAUCUCAUUUUAUCAUGAAAAAUUACUGUUGCAGUUUGUCAUUUUGGCAAAUAAAACACA